GCAUGCAUCGCGCCGCGCGGUCGGAAGUGGGCUCCUGUGGCGGCGCACAGGGCGCUGCGCGGGGAAUUUGGAGUCGCCGGGACGGGCCUUGGCGCCAUGGCUCUGGCGCUACCGGUGCCCGAGCCGCCGUGGCCAGCGAGCCUGUCCCCGCUGAAGGCAGUGGAUGACUUGUUGCGGUGUGGGAUAUGCUUUGAUUACUUCAGCAUCGCCAUGAUCAUUCCACAGUGCUCGCAUAAUUAUUGUUCACUUUGUAUACGCAAGUUUUUGUCCUACAAAACUCAAUGUCCAACAUGCUGUGUGGCAGUCUCGGAGUCUGACCUGAAAAACAACCGGACAUUAGAUGAACUAGUAAAGAGCUUUAAUUCUGCAAGAGAACAACUAUUCCAGCUGGUUUUGGAUACUCCACUGACUGCGUCUCCGUUGGUCUGUGGUAGGCGUUCAGCUGGCAAAAGCCAUGUUAGGAGUCCUGUUUCUCAGCCAGUCUUAAAAGAAGGGGUGCCAUUGAUUGACAGCUUCUUGAGAAAGGAAAAAGUCUGCAUCUCAACAAAAGCAGAUGACCUGGCAGGAACAGAUCAGAAGAUUUUCAAAACUGAGGAAGACCAUAACCCUUACAGCAGUUCUGCAGAGGCUGACGGUAAAGACAAUGAAGUGGAAUCACAAGAGAGUCCUGAGUGCACCAAAAUUCAUGAAAAGCCUUCUACAUCUAUGGUGAAAGUAGUCAAGAAAGGAGUUGCUGAUACACCAGAAGGCUGUGCUGCCAUUCAGCAAGACCUGGACAGGCCAGAGAGUUGGGUGGAGAGGAACCUAAUGAAGUUCAACAAAGUGGAUUGUCCUGUUUGUGAGGUUGCUAUUCCAGAGCAAUAUAUAAACAAACAUCUGGAUAGCUGCCUGACAAGAGACGAGAAGAAAGAAAGCCUCAGAAGCUCUGCUCACAAAAGGAAGCCUAUGUCUAAAGUGGUUUACAACUUGCUGUCUGAUCGUGAUUUGAAAAAGAAACUAAAGGAACAUGGUCUGUCUACCCAUGGAACCCGUCAUCAGCUCAUUAGAAGACACCAAGAAUUUGUGCAUAUGUACAAUGCUCAGUGUGAUUCUCUAAAUCCCAAAUCAGUUGCAGAAGUUGUUAAAGAGCUGGAAACAAAUGAGAAGAUUCGAGUUCAGCUUGAAUCUAAUAAAACUGGUGAAACCAGCUUGACCUUCACAAAAGACCAGACAGAGGAGGAAAUAGAUGAGAUCCACACUGAUUAUCGAAACAAACACAAAAGUGAAUUUCAGUUUUUGAUGGAUCAAGUAAAUAAUCGGUGGAAGAAAAGUGGUAAGAGGAAAACUGAAAGUGCUCAAAACAAAGAAGUUGUUGCUGUCCAAGAAUUGUCAGUGACCACAGCAAUCAUACCUGGAAAAGCCCAGAUAAUCAAAAAAGAAAUUCCUGAUGGUGAAAGUGAAUCUUCAUCCUUAGAGGAAGACCAGAGAUCAGGAUCUCCUGAAUUUUCACUGUCAUCUGAAUCAACCAGCAGCUCUAGUUCAGACAUUUUGAGAGAUGUGCAAGGACCUGGGACACGUUCACCAUCCUCUGACAAGGAGCAGUGGAGGAGACUGCCUGCCAAAGGGAGCUGUGACAACGAGAUGAAUAUGUGUCUGCAAUGUGCAACCAUCCUUCUCCACUUCUGGAAUGGAGAAUCCUCCUUUGGAGGACAAGAGAAUGAUCCAACUCAGGAUCCUUCAUCUGUUAAUGGCCAAAGCCAUGUGCACUGCAGAAGGCAGGAGUUUUCUGGGUUCAAGAGUUAAGAAAAGAAAGUCACAUCGACCCCAAAUGCCAGAAAAUGAUCAACAGCUUCCCAUGAGUAAGCGAAAGAAGAGCUAGUGCAGCAGCGACAUGAAGCUUUAAAACCAUGCAGAAGGCUUAAUGCUGAGAAAUACUUCUAGUUUGUCUCCAGUUUUCAGUGUAACUGGGCACUUAAUAAAAUGCUGGACAUUUGCUUAACUGUCAUUCGAACUGCCUUAAAAUAACCAGCUUGGCGUGCUGAGAUUUUUUUUUCACAGCACUGUAGGCCAUCUUACUCUAAGGUGGGGUAUAAACUGCUGGAGAACUGCUAGAGGCUCGAGCUGGCUUUCCUGCCGUGCAGCGCUGUCACUGCUGAAGGACUGUGCAUUGCUGCUGUUCCUGCUCGCAUCCUGCCGAAGCUUGUUCUGCCCUCUUGGUAGCAAUUAUGGGACAGUAUUUUGAUUGGGGUUGAGCAGAUGCUGAUGCUGCAAUUACGUGGCUUAGCUGGUGGGGAGGCAUGGUGGGAGCUGAGGGACAGGGUGGACUCUCUACUACAGAAAUGCUUUUCUUUUGGAAUAUGUCUAUGUAAACUUACUCAUGACUAUGUAUCAUUAUUUCAAAGUAAUUAAGUUUGGAAGAAAUUGUGAGGUUGCUGGACAUUACGUAUCCAAGCUUUAAAAUAAGUAUUAGCAUUAAAAGGUCUUAUCUUCCUAAAAAGAUGAUAGAGUUCUGUAAUGAAAUAAAGCAAUGCAAGAAAAUUAAAGCAAACCUGAGCAACAAGGUAGGAUUUUAAAAAUAUGACUUGUGAGUGAAACGUAUACUGUGUGUAAUAUUCAAAUAUGUUCUUACUGAGCCCUGAAGCUUUGGUCAUAGCCUUUCAUUGGGGACUUUGCAAAGAAAGCACAGAAUCUGUUGGAGAUUGAGGCUUGUGUGUCUUUUGACUUCAGGCUAUAGCUGUAAAUGGGACAGGACAUCUUGCUUUCAAAAAUAUUCCUCCUCAAACCAUGGUAGCAGGCAGUAUUUUUGUUUAGAACAGGCCAAAUCUGUGCUGACUAUAAACUGUAAUAACUAUUGACGUAAACAAGUGCAGAGAAAAACAGGAAGCUGAUUUCGUUUGUUUCUUUUUACUAAAAGCAAACCUUUUGAAAGGUAUUAAUUGUUGACCUCUGCUUUUAGGUCUGCAUUUUAAUCAUAGCAAUUAUUACAAGACAUUUAAUUUUUGUACAGAUAGAGAAGAACAAAAAUGUUUGUGUGCAUAACGAUCCAUGUGUUUCACAUUCAUGGCUUUUAGGUUGGUUUACAUCAGAUGUAGUAUAUCCUUUAGAGGUUUUGGAUGUUACUUUUUAAUGACAUUUGAGUUAGCAACACUUCAGUUUCCAUAAUAAGUUGAUGAUGUCCACUGUCAUACGCCAAAAACUCUGUCAAUACUACUGGAACAUAAAACAUGAGGAGGAAUUGGACUACACCUCUAAUAAAUCUUGAGGUAGUGCCCUUUCUGUUUUGCUCAGUUUAUUCCAGCUGUGAUGCUGUGACUCUGAGCAGGGUUGAUGCUCUGGGGCUGGGCUGAGUCACAAAACCUCCUUCUCUGGGCAGCUGUUGGCAGUAACAGGGGGCUGAAAUUACAGAAUUGCUGUCUCUGGUGUAAAAUGUGAUUACACAUUUAAGCAGAGCACUGUAAGACUGGGAGCUCUUGACAUGCUGAUUCAUUGUGCGAUGGCCAGCUCGCUAAAGGUCAGCCUGGAAAUUGCAGUCCAGGUGCCGUGUACCAUUAGAUUCUUAAGUCUGUGGUAUUGCAGGGAAAAUUAGGAUCCUACAAUAUUUAACUAUCUGGGAACUUUCCUUUUUAAUAAAGUCAACGGGCUACGAAUGUGUUGUAUCAAUAGCAGAUACUUCUUGUGUAGCUUAGGAAUUUGGUGCCACUUGCAAAGUUAAAUUUGUAGUUAAUGACAAUAACUAGUGAUGUGAGAUGAAAAUGGAUUUCAAUACCCAAUAAGAAGAAAUAGUGUAAUUUAUAUAGUAAGUAUGGGCUAUAAAGUACUUAGAAAAAAUCAAUAUAGAAGGUGAAUAAAAAUAUGAAAUAUGAAGUACACGCUCUGUCUGCAUUGGCACUGAAAAGGCUGGUGCAAGCCCUUGUGAACAUUAUUGUUGGUGGCCGGAGACUGGUGAGAGAUUUUGUAACUGUCCAGAGCAGAGGAGGGUGAGAAACUGCUGCUGGAGCUGUGGAGGUCCUGGACAGCAGUGCUACUGUCCUUGUUUUUAUCAGACUUCAGAAUAUGUCCCCUGACAUUUGAAGAGCACAAGAAGUGUUGCCCUUGAAGCUGCGCUCUCUAAGGUAUAAAUAA